AUGUCUGUCCAGCUUAGCCAUGCGAUGGCAAACGGGCAUGACGACAGUGGUGUGAUGAAUGGAAUGGGAGAGAAGAAAGCAGAUAAGACGAUUCAACCACUUUAUACUUCACAGAGACGGAGAAGUAUCGGUCAAUCUAGAGCUAGAAUUGAUCCGAUGACACUUUCGAUAAAGUUGAUCGUCUAUCCAAUUCUGUUCUUAGCAUUGCUAUUGGUCCAUCUGGUCUAUUACGUUUCCAUCAAAGCUAGAGCGUCUUGGCGAUAUCAAAGGUCCAUUAUCGCAUUCAUGCGCAGCGAUGAACGUUUGAACAGGACGAUCAAAGGCAAAAAGGCAUACAAGAAAGAAAAAGCUCGGAUAGAAGAACAACAUGAAUUGGCAGCCCAAGUAAGACUGGCAAGGAUGGAAUGUAUGGGAAGGACAAACGUUCCGCGUCAUAUAGCAUUAUCGAUCGGUCCAAAACCCAUUCGAACCAGUACCCUACUUUUACGAGCGAUGAAGAUUUCGGCUAGGAUACUGAGUAUGAGAAUGACCAGCUGGAUACCCAACAAGGCGAAAGAAUUGUAUGAGCAAAAGGCAAAUAUAGUGGCAGAAGCAAGACAGCAAGAAAAGUACGCAUGGGAUAACCUAGAAGCAGCAUUACGGAAUUGUGCUUUAUCAGGAAUUAGAGAGUUGUCUGUGUACGAUAUUGAAGGAUAUCUCGCGAAUCGAUUCAGCGAAACGCAGAAAGAGGUCAUUGAACAGGUAUGGAGACUACCUCAGGAGUCGAUUGAGGAUGAAGAAUUGAUUGAAGGAGAAACAGCCUUCUUACCAAAUGGUAACUCUGCUCAAAAGUUGGACAGAAAACACAUUCAGAUCACAGCUACGAUCUAUAGACCGUUCAGGGCGCCCACACUACAUGAUAUAUAUAGGCGUCCUUCUCUAACGCCACAUAAAGACGGACAUCAUUCUGUCCAAGUUCGUAUCAACAUUCUUGGACCGGAAGAUGGUCGACAAGCACUGGCAAAAGCAGCCACGAUCUUAUCAAAACGUCAAAAGAAGUCAAGUGGACCCUGCAAAGUUGGUGAAAAUCAAGUUAGAGAUGUGUUAGCAGAACACGGAUACCCCUCUGAUCCUGAAUUGCUCAUCAUUCAUGGAGGUCCAAGACAAGUAUCAACGUUGCAUGCAUUUCCACCUUGGCUUGUGAGAUUAUGUGAGAUCUAUCAUGAUGCCGAUGCAUCGCCUUAUCAACCUUUAUCAUCCACCUCUUUCGAAAAAGCAUUGCACGCCUUUGCCAAGAGUGAGCAAAGAUUGGGCAAGUAA